GUAGAACGAACUGGACCAGCAAAUGGCCAGCCACCCAUGCUAACGUGGAGACUGCAACAAGAACAGCACGAGAACAUCAAGAGGGGGGCUCGCAAGCCGGACGUCCCCAAUACCUAAUGGAGGGCGACAUGGACGGGAGCUUCGAUUUCUUCGAGGACGUAGUGUUCGAUGUUGCCGGUUUCGACAGUAUGUACCUGCCGGCCGAGGACUCCCUCCAGUCCGCUCUCAACUCCUGGUACGACGACUCGAGCUCGCCGGAGGGCGCCAACCCGUGCUUGACGAGGGCGGCCAAGAACAUCGUUCUCGAGAGGGACCGCCGCAAGAAGCUCAACGAGAGGCUCUGCUCCCUCCGCGGCGUAGUCCCCAACAUCACCAAGAUGGACAAGGCCUCCAUCAUCCAGGACGCCAUCGCGUACAUCCAGGAGCUGCAGGAGCAGGAGCGGCACAUGCUCGCCCAGAUAUCCGACCUCGAAUCCGCCGCCUGCACUGACCUUGUCAUCCAGGCGGAGGAGGACGCUGAGGGUUCCCCGCCGUGGAAGAAGAUGAGGAGGGCAGCCUCCUCCAUCAACGGCGCUGUCUUUUCCCUUGCCACUGAUCAGCGUGUCGAAAUCCUCGAGAUGGAGCUGACCGAGGUAGGUGAGAACCUAGCGAUGGUGAGUGUGAAGCACAACAAGAUGAGGGAUGCUACAUCGACGGUGUGCAGGGCGCUCGAGUCGCUAUGUCUCGAGGUCAUGACAGCAAACAUCACCACAAUUGCCGGUGGCAUCAUCCACACAAUGUUCGUCGAGAUGAAGGAAUGGGAAGGAGAGAAAAAUCGCAUGUUUCAUGAAAUGGGCUUCAGUUCCGAGACUUCUCCUAUGCAAGAUGAUAAGGUGUAGAGGUUGGUGCACCUACAGAUUCAAUAGAUGGGCAUUGUUAUGCCACACUGGAAUAAGGUGUGGAUCUGGUAUGGCUUUUGUACAAACUUUUGCACCUGACGGUUGUCAAGCCACGAGAAGAAAGUUGUUGAUUGGUAUAAUACGGGAUAUUCACUUUGGCUCAUAGGAGCAUUUGCUCCCAUUAUGUGAAUCUACAUUUCAAAGUGUCAAAAAAUUCUAAAGUAAAAGUUUUCAUGUACAUCUACACAUUUUAUGUUCGUGCACAAGUUUUCAAAAGAAACUAAAAAAAAUUGUGGCUCCUGUAAAAAAGACAAAUUUUGAUGCUAUAAUACGACUACGUACAUGACUUUGUUUGUCUUUUUUUGUACACGCCACAUAAAAUAUUGUUUCUCCAUAAAAACUUGUGCACUAACAAUGAAUGUCACGAUGUACACCAAAAAAUUUAUGUCAGAAUUUUUUGACAUUUUAAAAAUUGUUUUUAAAUUAUUUUGUCUAAUGGGAGCAUUUGCUCCUAUGAGCCAAAACGCCACCUCCGUAUAAUACUUCCUAUAUAAGUUGAAGAACGUUAGGUGAUGAGGUGAUCAGCAUCAUCUAAUUACCUCUAGCUCGUUUAUGAUUUGUACCCUUCUAUCGUGGAACUGUAAUGUGGAGCCAUCGAAUCAUUCAUAUAUUUCUGUCUAUGGGAAUUGCAACUAAAACUAA